AUGACAAAGGUUUCUUUCUUAUUCAGAAAAGUUGAUUUUGAGUCAUAUACAGAUGAACAGCGAGGAUAUGAUUUCAGAGAUAAUGAAAAGGUUUCAUAUGAAGGUUUAGGGGAGUUUUCUACAGAUCUUUUUUCAAGGAAAGCUGUGAAUAUAAUAGAGACACAUAACAAAUCCCAACCAUUAUUUCUGUAUGUUCCUUUUCAGGCUCCUCAUGGACCAAUUCAAACUCCACCACAAAAAUACAGAUCUAUGUAUGAUGGGAAGCGUCUUAGAAACAACAUAGAUCUGGAUAUGGCCGCCACUAUAACAGCAUUAGAUACUGCAGUUGGAGAGAUAUAUGAUGCUUUGAAGAGAACUGGACUCUAUCAAAAUUCAGUUAUAAUCUUUACUACUGACAACGGCGGAGCAGUCACAGAGAAUUCAAACUUACCUCUAAAAGGGACCAAAGAGCAGUUGUAUGAAGGAGGAGUGAAGGGGGUCGGGUUCGUGAACAGUCCUUUGCUUAGGAAAUCAGGAAUAUCUAGUGAUAGGUUAAUGUUUAUAACAGACUGGUUUUCAACAAUUCUUAAUCUCGCCUCGUUAGGUCACAAGAUUCCCGAGGAUACAGAUUCUAUUGAUAUUUGGCCCACUAUCUCCAGACAGAAUAAAUCCCCGAGAGAUAGAAUAAUAUUAAACAUUGAUCAGGAUAACCGUGAAGGAUUAUGGUCUGCUGCAAUUAUGGAUGGAAAAUAUAAACUAAUCUGGGGGCAGGAUUAUCUACUCAAACAGAAGAUGCCACAAGACAGUUGUAAGUUUGAACUAUACAACCUGAAAAAGGAUCCACUUGAAACCACCAAUUUGGCUGCUGGUGGAAAGAUGAAGAACAAGGUUGAAGAGCUGAAGAAUAUCCUAAUGGAAGAAUAUAAAACUAGAUUAGUACCUGCUGAUUAUCCUUUCCCAACUAGUGCUGGAUUUCCAGUCAACUGGGAUGGGAUACUUUCUCCAGGCUGGUGCUCUGCUAAGGUGUAAUCACUCUGGUUCAUUGAAGUAUCAGACUGACAUCUGAUACUAUCUCCAGGGUUGGUUUCCGCUAAUAUUAUCACUCCGGCUCAUUUGAAGUACUGGGCAAACCUCUAAUACUUUAUUUGGGAUGGUAAUCUGCUAAUCUACCACAAUCUCAAAUUUUCCCUAUAUAUUUGGAACCUGAUGUGUACACCUUUGAUGUUUCAAAUUUAGAUUAUUUGAU